AUGGUUCUCAGCAUUGAUUCAGCAAGACACAAGCUUCUUGCUAUCAGACAACAAGAAGGAAUUGAGGAAGUGAAACGAAAGGGAAUUAUUAUUGACAGAGAAGUAUCACGUAGAACUUACCUUGAGUUUUGUGAAAGUGAAUCAAGGGUUUCUGUUAAAUACUGUUUAAUCAACGGAAAAAUUGAAGCCUACAAAGUGCCUCUCAACCCUCACAGAUUGACACAAGCAAAGUUAAUUUCUAUUAUGGAUAACUGGAGUGAUCAGUUGCGAGUCAUUGGUGAAUUGGAUGUUAUUGUGGCAGUCAAUUCAUCCAGAAAACCAUAUCCAACUCUGGUGGUGGAAAUUGCCAGUAUGGAGAGUUUAAGGAGUUUGCAUGAAUUGACAACAACAUAUUUUUCUCAACAGACCACUAUUCAAAUUUAUUUAGCCAUCAAGUUAUUCCCACCUUGUCAGAAUGGCAUUACUGGUGUCGGUUUUGGAGGGGUUCCUUGUGAUGAUGCCAAUCUUCAAGAAUAUCAAAUGGCUAUACCCACCACAUUGCUUUUUAAUGAUUCCCCUGGUGAUGUUCUGGAUCCAUCUCUUGUGCUUGAGCAGUUUGAGGAUGAAGAAUUUCCAAGUGAGGAUGAAUUGUUCAAGAUGGCCCUUGCGUCGCCAAUGGAACAACAAGGCAAUAAAUUUAAUGAAAAGAAAGAGAAAAUAUCUGACUUAACAGGGCUAACAGCACUUCACCUAGACAAUGACCAAUAUGAAUCUGACUAUUUAUCAGAUUUCGAUGCUGAUAAGGAUGAAGCUCUUAACAUUCCCGGUGAGUUAGUAUUGGCUUAUAGUAUGUGGAAAUUUUAUCCAGCAAAAAUUGUAGGCUAUGAAAAGCCUAAUAAAUAUCAUGUAGUUUUCUGUGAUGGAUCCAAAAGAACGCUUAAAAGGAAAAAAUUUUACACUCUAUGGCAAAAAGGAUUUAAAACUUAUAUCGUAAUGGAAAAUGAGAAUCCAGAUUAUAGAGAUCCAGAACUAAUCACUGCAAUUCAAGAACUUGAGCCAAUAUUAUCCAAAGUUUUAUUGGGUGAUGAAAAAUCAGCUUGGAGAUAUCAAAAUUUUGUUGAAGGUGGGAAAAGGCGUCGGUUAUUGGCUUCUCAUGUCUCUCAGGGACCUUUUAAUAAUUCUGAGUUUGGUUUAAUCCUAAAAGUAUUAAGACACAUGUAUGUACCUGAAGUUGCAAAGGCUAUAGAUAAAACUGAUUUUAUAGAACCAUCUGAAUUGAUAAAAUCAAUGGAAACAUCAUCACCGUCACCGUUAUUAUCAUCGUCAAUUUCACCCUCUAAUAAUCUUAAUAAAAAAAACCAUAAAACAUCAUCACCUUCAUUACCGCCGCCAUCAAGUUCGCUUCCAAAUUAUAAUAAAUGCAAAAAUGAAUUUUCAUCAUCAUUCUCAUCCUCCUUAUCUGAUUCCACACAAUCACCAACCGCUGUAAUAUCACAACCAAUAUCGUUACUAGAUGAUAGAUUAAAUUCUCCUUUUUUCAUUUAUUCACCUGACUUGCAGCACAGAUUUGUAAAUGAUGUAUUGGUACCUGAAACUAUCAUUAGAUUAAUUAUGAAAUCAGAUGAAUUAAGUUAUGAGGAAGCAGAUCUAAAAAUGACCGAUGGCUAUGAAGACUUGAGUUGGAUUAUACGAUAA